AUGAACACACGGUCAACGAGAACCGCAGGUGCAGCGUCUCAGGCUACGCGUGCCUCGGCACGGACAAGGACACCUACGAUCCCGGCGCCAAGCCCCAGUCCUCCACUCACCAAGUCGACGCGCACCAAGACUCCCGUUAAUCAGAAUGCAACAGCGCAAACUUCGACAUUAAAACCAGCGGGGAGGAAACCACUUUCCAAUCGGGCAAACUCACCAGACAAGCCUGUAUCCUCAAAGAAGGCUCCUACUACGGCAUCGAAGCCGCACAAGGGUGAUGUGACUGAAAGGGAGCCUAUCAUGGCAUACCUGCGGAUCCGCCCUGCUCUCGGUGAAGAAGAGGCAACCACGCCCUAUCUCGAUCCUCUGUCGGAUACCUCUGUUCGCAUGACAGAUCCUGCUUCAGACGCCAUGGCCCAGUCGCGGUUUCAUUAUCGCAUGUCUAUGGCGGCACCUUCAUCUAUCUAUAAGUUCUCCCACAUCUUCCCCCCUUCCACGCAGCAACCCGAUUUCUUCGCGAAGACCACGCUGCCGCUGGUAAAGGACGUGCUUGAGGGCCAGAAUGGCCUGCUCUUUGCGUAUGGCGUCACUAACUCCGGUAAGACUUACACGAUCCAGGGAGGAAACAAGGGAGACUCCGCUGGCAUUCUUCCGCGAACACUGGACGUCAUCUUUAACAGUGUGAAUGGCUUGCAGGGCGACGGAAGGUUCCGUCCUGUACGACUGUACGGCGCUGAAAGAUGCGAGCCAGGAAACGAUAAUCUGUUUUAUAACAUCAGAGCCUCGGCAGGCGAGAGCUCUUUCGCCGCCGUUUUGAGUGAUCUUGCAGAGUCAACGCCUGGGGACAUCGACACCGACCCAACUACUCUGAAGCUUGACCGGAACUAUGAGUACUCAAUCUGGCUUUCCUAUGCCGAGAUAUACAACGAGAAAGUCUAUGAUCUUUUAGGAACGAUUGAGGACGACGAUGGAUCUACCCCCGGCUCAUCUCGUCGAAACACCACUGCACAGACCUUUGGCGGCCAGACUGUGUUGACUCGGAAGGCGCUGACUGUCAAACCAUCGCCUGCUUCAGACUCCAUAGAAGGAAUUACUGGAAAAUACAUCGCGGAUCUACGGCAUUUCCGGGUCACCAGCGCCACCGAAGCUAAGGAACUCGUCAAGCUAGGUCAAGUGCACAGGCGCGUCUUUGGAACACUCGCCAAUGCUCAAAGCUCUCGGAGCCAUGGCAUGGUCACGAUCAAGGUGCUCCGCAGUCACAGGGGAGAGCGCAACAAUCCCGAUGCCUUGCAGAUGUCUCGGUUGACGCUGGUCGAUCUUGCUGGUUCGGAGCGCACUAAGCACACUCACACUACGGGUGAUAGGCUCAGGGAAGCGGGCAACAUCAACAAAUCUCUUAUGGUCCUUGGUCAAUGUAUGGAGGUAAUGAGGUCGAAUCAGAACCGCGUUGCCCAAUCCCUUUCCGGGCCUGGGCGAAGUGACACGAAGGUCGUGCGGAAGGGAUUGGCGCUCGUUCCUUUCCGGCAUAGCAAGUUGACUGAGGUUCUCAUGGACUACUUCGAGGGUGACGGGAGAGUGGUCAUGAUCGUGAACGUCAACCCUUACGAUACUGGCUACGACGAGAACUCCCAUGUGAUGAAGUUCUCUGCGCUCGCGCGAGAGGUCCACACCGCCACGAACAACGCGCCUGCUCCGCGCGUGUUGGCGGCCCCGACAAAACCGGGCCCCGCCCGUGGACCUUUGAAGUCGGGCCUGCCACCGCCCAAUAUGCCCACUCGAAAGGUCACCAUUUCAAGUGUUGGUCCGAACCGGAGAGUGAGCGAGGCGCACCUCGAGAUUGUGGAAGAGGACGAGGAAAGUGGGCCUGAUGAUGAAGAGGACGAUGAGGACGAGGAGCCCAUAAACCCUCUCGUUGAUGCACUCUUCGACGAGGUUGAGCAGCUGCGGAUGAAACUUCACGAAGCCGAGCUUCGCUGUGCGGUUGUGGAGGCUGAGACAAGGGAGGAGGUCAUGAAGGAGAUGGAGGAGCGUAUGCUGGUGAUGCAGCAGACAUAUUCGAGAAGGCUCAUGAGCGAGUUGGAACGCAACGAGAAGAAAAUGGAUGCUAAGAUCGACAUGUUGCAUCAAGCGGGCCUGUUUGGGCAGAAUGGUACUCCACAACAAGGAGAUAUUGAAGACGAGGACAUGGAGGCUGAUGAGUCUUAUAUGCAAGACAGAGAGCCAGGAUUCAGCGAUGAGAGUGGGAUCGCGCCGUCUCCUCUUGCUGGAAAGACUGCCAAAACUAAAGCAGGAUCAAGACCAAGACCCUCAGAAAUCGAGGGAAGCGAAAGUGAGGUUGAGCGGUCGAUAGCCAUCGAAGAUGAUGAUGAGGACGAGGUUCACGGUGAAGACGGUGAAGAAGAAGAGGAGCUAGACGAGGAACCAUUAACGGAGGAUGAUGAAGAGGACGACUAUGUUCCCUCUCCGCCUAUCAAGCAGCCGAGUCGAGGGAAGCCAGCACCUCCCAGAUUAGAUCCUCCGUCAAAGGGGCCGCGGUCAUCAAAGCCGGGCCAGAGAAAGGUGUCGACUCUGGUGGAUGAUAUGGACCGACUGGGUCUCGAUGGAGAUGCUGAUGACUCUGUAAUCAUUGUACCAGACCGCAAGGCGCGGAAAGCAGCUGUCCCGGAAGGGAUUGAGUAUGUUCCCCGUCCGGGCGUGACCGACGUGGGUAAGAAGAAGAAACGGUAUGUUUUAUUAUUGAUUCGUACAAGAGGUAUUUCGUGA